CCCUGGCUUCCAGGCGUGGGUCCCGCGUGCACGGGUCCUGCAGUUCCGCGGGGCUCGCAGGCUGGUAGGCCGCACAAUGGAAGCCUGCGCGCUGCAGUACAAGGCGGUGGACAGCCCCGUAGGGAGGAUCGAACUGGUGGGCUGCGGACGAGGCCUACACGAGAUCCGGCUGCCCGGCGGGAAGAUGACCGGCGCUGACUCCUCGGAGGCCCCGGCAGCGCCCGAGGGGACCGCGGAGCCCCUGGUGCGGGCCGCAGCCUGGCUGGACGCCUACUUCCACAAGCCCGCGGCCUUGGAAGAACUCCCCCUGCCUCCGCUCCACCACCCCGUGUUCCAGAAAGAGUCCUUCACCAGACGGGCGCUGGGGAAGCUUCUGGAGCUUGUGAAGUUCGGAGAAACGGUUUCUUACCAACAGUUAGCAGCCCUGGCGGGCAACCCCAGAGCCGCCCGCGCCGUGGGGGCCGCGAUGAGGAGCAACCCGGUCCCCAUCCUCAUCCCGUGCCACAGAGUGAUCUGCAGCAGCGGAGCCCCGGGCAACUACUCCGGCGGCGGGUGCGCGGUGAAGGAGCGGCUGCUGGCCCACGAGGGCCUCGGGGCGGGGCGGCCGGGCCUGGGGGGGCCCGCGGCCCCACCGGCUCCCCGCGCGCCGGCCGACGCGGAGCGUGUGGACUCGGAGCAAACAUUUGAGUGA